CUACGAUUGAAUACGAAGCAGAGCUGCGUCACAAAAACGAGUUAAAACAGAUUGAGGCGCGCCUUCGUGGUGAGGCACAAGUUGAAAGGGAAAACAGGGAGAUACGCUUGGAGAGGUCUCGUGUUGAAGCUCGGGAACAUCGUGAAACAAUAUUGGAGUCUAUUAGAACUGCAGGCUCUGUGCUUGGCGCCGGUUUUGAUGCUUUCCUUGCCGAUCGCCAGAAAACUUUAAAAAGAACUUUUUCGCGUCCCGGAAAUCCAUUAGAGGGAAUUAUUCUCGAGCCGACGUUAGAGGCGCAGUUGCGCAAGAUUGCAAUUGCUACUCGUCACACGAAAGCCAACAAGGGUUUUUAUCGCAACAGUUUAGCCACGCAUUCCGGCCUGGACUAUGCCAUAUUGACCGGUGGUGAUAUUGCGCCCAUGGGUAGCGACGGUGUCACCGCCGUGCACAAGGUCUUUAACUGGGCCCAGACCAGCCGCAGAGGGGUUCUUCUGUUUGUCGAUGAAGCUGACGCCUUUCUUCGUAAACGCGAACAAGAGCGCAUCAGUGAGGGAAUGAGAGCUACCUUGAACGCCUUUCUGUACCGCACGGGUGAGCAGUCCCAUAAGUUCAUGCUCGUGCUUGCGAGUAAUCAACCGGAGCAGUUUGACUGGGCUAUAAACGACCGAAUGGACGAACUUGUAUACUUCGACUUACCCAAGGAGCAGGAGCGCGAACGUAUGAUUCGCCAUUACUUCGACUUGUUCAUCUUGCAACCCUCAAUGGACAAACGACAGCGAAUCAGAUUGGCCGAUGGCAUCGACUACACAGCAAAGUGUGUUGGUGUGGCUAAGCGUACCCCCGGCUUGUCCGGCCGCGAACUCUCCAAGAUUGCGGUCGCAUGGCAGACUGCUGCAUACUCAAGCGAAGAUGGAACCCUAACGGAGGCUAUGAUGGAUACUAUCGUGGACAAUGCCGUAGCCGCAAAUGCCAAGAAGCGUGCCUGGCGACAGCAUCGCCUUCCAGACGCCGGGUCGCCGUAA